UAAAAGCCUCUCUAUGUUGCACUCGGGACUCGGCCGUGAGAGGGUGCCGCCAGCUCUUCGUCACCAAACCAAACACUAGGGUUUGGCCUGCCCCCGCCGACACCCCCGCCGCCGUCCACAUCUCCUCCUUCCGAGCAUCUAGAGUCGCCGCCACCGAUACAGUCGGCCCCCCGAUGGAGGUGCCGCCGUAUUGGACGGCCGCCCUGGUCCGGGAGGUUUUCAUCAACUUCUUCAAGUCCAAGUCGCACACGCCAUGGCCGUCGAGCCCCGUGGUACCCGUCAACGACGGCACGCUCUUGUUCACCAACGCCGGGAUGAACGGGUUCAAGCCGAUAUUCCUCGGCCUUGCCCCCCCGGACUCGCAGCUUGGCCGCCUGCGCCGCGCCUGCAACACCCAGAAGUGCAUCCGUGCCGGCGGCAAGCACAACGACCUCGACGACGUGGGGAAGGACACCUACCACCACACCUUCUUCGAGAUGCUCGGGAACUGGUCUUUCGGAGACUACUUCAAUGACGGGGCCAUCGGGUAUGCAUGGGACCUCCUCACCCAGGUCUACAAAUUGCCCACUGAUAGAAUUUAUGCAACAUACUUUGGUGGUGAUGAGAAAGCUGGUCUCGCUCCCGAUACCGAGUCGAAAAACAUAUGGUUGAAGUAUCUACCUAAUGAAAGAGUUCUGCCUUUCGGUUGCAAGGAUAACUUCUGGGAGAUGGGCGACACAGGUCCAUGUGGGCCAUGCACAGAGAUUCAUUUUGAUCGUAUUGGCAACCGUGAUGCGGCUUCAUUAGUGAAUAAUGAUGACCCUACUUGUAUUGAGAUAUGGAAUCUUGUGUUUAUUCAGUUCAACAGGGAAUCAGACGGUACUUUGAGAUCCUUGCCAGCAAAACACGUUGACACUGGGAUGGGCCUUGAGCGUUUGACUUCUAUCCUUCAGAAUAAAAUGAGCAAUUACGAUACAGAUGUAUUCAUGCCAUUAUUUGAUGCCAUCCACAAGCUGGCAGGUGUUGGAAUUCAGCCAUACUCUGGUAAAGUAGGAUCCGAUGAUGUUGGGAAAGUUGAUAUGGCAUAUAGGGUUGUUGCAGAUCACAUAAGAACCCUUUCUUUUGCUAUCGCUGAUGGUUCUCAACCUGGUGAGUUUAUACUGAAAAAAACUAGGCAUGCAGUACGUAUAAAGGAAAUCUUAACUAGCAUCCUUGUAGAUGUUUUUGUCCAAUUGAUGGGUGAUGUGUUUCCUGAGCUGAAGGACAAUGAAAAGAAGAUUAAAGAUAUAAUUAAAGAUGAAGAAGCAAGCUUUGAGAACACUCUAGUGAAGGGAUAUGAAAGAUUUAAGAAAGCUGCAGAUGCUGUCAAAGAGAAUGGCGGGGCAGUACUUAGUGGCCAGGAUGCAUUUGUUCUGUGGGACACCUAUGGUUAUCCAAUUGAUUUAACUGAGGUCAUGGCAGUUGACUUCGGGCUAUCUGUUGACAUGGAGGGUUUUAAUGUUUCUAUGGAAGAAGCAAGGCAAAAGGCUAGGAAUGGUCGCUACAAGGCUGGUGGCAAAUCUAUUGUCCUGGAUGCUAAUGCUACAUCACAGCUGCGCAAUCAGGGGCUUACUAGCACAAAUGAUAGUCCGAAAUUUCAACACGAGAUCUAUGACACUGGGAGUAUCGAGGGUCCAUCUGGAUCUUUCACUGUGACCAAUGUCCAAGUGUUUGCUGGCUAUGUCCUGCACGCCUGUUCAUUUCUGGAAGGGCCUCACUCCAAGGCAUUGUCUGUUGGCGAUGAAGUGAAAUGCAAGGUUGAUUACACACGGCGUAGUCUCAUUGCUCCAAACCACACAUGUACCCAUAUGCUGAACUUUGCUCUAAAGGAAGUACUUGGUGACCAUGUUGACCAGAAAGGUUCCAUUGUUCUUCCAGAGAAGCUGAGAUUUGAUUUCUCCCAUGGGAAACCUGUUCAGCCGGAAGAUUUGAGAAAAAUUGAAUAUAUAGUGAACCAGCAAAUAAAGGAUGAGCUAGAGGUAUCUGCACAAGAAAUAAAAUUAGCUGACGCAAGGCGCAUAAAUGGUCUGCGAGCUGUGUUUGGUGAAAUCUACCCUGAUCCUGUAAGAGUUGUAUCGAUUGGUCGCAAAGUGGAAGAUCUGCUUGCAAACCCUGAAAGCAAAGAAUGGUUAUCCAUAUCAACUGAGCUGUGUGGAGGUACACACAUUUCGAACACUGGAGAUGCUGCAGCAUUUGCGCUCAUAUCUGAAGAGGGUAUCGCCAAAGGUGUUCGGAGGAUAACGGCUGUUACUGCUGAGCGUGCCUCCCAGGCUAUGAAGUUGGCAUCAUCUAUCGAUACUGAUAUCAAUGAAGCAUCUAAACUAGACGGAGCGACAUUGGAAAAGAAAAUUGGGUCCAUCAAGAAUACACUGGAUGCAGCUGCUAUCCCAGCUGCUAGAAAAGCAGAUCUAAGAGGCAAUGUCUCAAAGUUGGAGGAUCAACUUAGGAAGGAGAAGAAGAAAAUCUGCGAAGAAAAUAUCCGAAGGGCUGUCAAGACUGCCAUAGAUGCCGCAGAAACUGCUCUUUCUGAAGGAAAACCCUUCUGUGUUACCUAUGCCGAUGUGGGUCUUGAUACCACUGCUCUCCGUGAAGCAGUUGUCAAAGCCAUGAACCAUUCGAGUCUGCUGAUGAUGGUAUUCAGCACAGACGAGGCAUCAAACAAGGCUGCUAUUUAUGCCGGUGUACCUCCCAACACACCCAAUGGCUUCAAGGUGUUGGAUUGGCUUACACCUUCAAUCGCACCACUCAAGGGGAGAGGAGGCGGUGGCAAGAAUGGUCUUGCCCAGGGCCAGGGAAGUGAUGCUUCUCGGAUCAAGGAGGCCAUGGAGCUUGCUACCCAGAUAGCUUCAAUGAAGCUAAACUUCAAUGCUUCUCGGGUCAAGGAGAUCAAAGUCUACUAAUUAUAUGGCGUUACCUAAGAGAAGUCUCUUUGGUCCAUGGAGCUUGCUACCCAGAUAGCUUCUAUGCUUCUUGGGCCAAGGAGAUCAAAGUCUACUAAUUAUCGUUAUCUAAUAUCUUUAAGAGAAGUCUCCUUAGUGGCUCCUUGAUGGUCGUGCUCGCCUUUCUACCUCUAAUUGUGAUACAUGAACAUAAAAUUAAUCAUGAAAAUUGACCAGAAGCAGUGUCUGUUUAGACAACAGGGUGUUGUUUAAGGGCCUCAGUUGUGUUAAUACGGUUCGUUCAUCAAAUUGAGUGAAAAUGGUGAAAUUGCUUUAUCAAUCAAUGUUGCGCUUUCA